CAAGUGGAAACACAUUUUUCUUAGUUCGGAGUUGAACUUCUCUCUGAAAGCAGGAAGGAUUUAGUGCUCUGCAAGGACAAGUUAUUCCAGUAUAUACUGCAGCAGUGUUCAGCUGGCAACAUGUGCACUGGAAGAUGUUCCCGUUUCAUUGCUGUGGCUCUGUAUCCACUGGCACUUAUUUCUAUCAUCUGUAACAUAGUGCUGUUCUUUCCUGGAGGUGAGACAAAAUAUGCCAAAGAUGGACAUAUAACUGAGGAGGUCAAAUACAUGGGGGGACUUGUAGGAGGUGGAGUGAUGGUCUUGCUCCCAGCUCUGUACAUCCACAUGACUGGGAAACAGGCCUGCUGUGGAAACCGCUGUGGGAUGCUUUUGUCCAUUUUGUUUGCUGCAGUGGGUGUUGCUGGUGCCCUCUAUAGUUUUGCUGUGGCUAUACUGGGUUUGCAGAAUGGCCCUCUCUGCCGCGUUCUUUUGAUUUGGAGUACACCUUUUAAAGACAGAGACAGCAGUUACCUGUCAGACAAGACAUGGUGGGGCACAUGCACAGAACCUAAAGACAUUGUCCAGUUUCACAUAGGGUUGUUCAGUACUCUGCUGGCCACGAGUGGUCUACAGAUAAUCCUCUGUGCCAUUCAAAUGAUCAAUGGGCUCUUUGGGUGUCUGUGUGGAUCCUGCAUAGAGAAAGGGCCUCUCUAAGCUGGUCAGUCUUAUGUCAACGCAAAUGGCGACAUCUAGUGGUGAAAUCUGAGAAGUCACGCUUUUGAC